GCCGCCGGGCGUGGGGCGGGGGCCAUGAACAGCCACCCCCGGGGGAGCCGCCUUCGCUGAAGCCCGGCAGCCCCGGAUCCUCGCGAGAUGCCCAACCCCAAAAGCAGUAAAGGCGGCCGCAAGAACAAACGCGCCAACAGCAGCGGGGACGAGCAGGAAAAUGGAGCAGGGGCCCUGGCGGCGGCGGCGGCCGCGGCUGGCGCGGCGGGCGGAGGAGCCCUGGCCACGGCGGCGGGCUCGGGAGCGGCUGCGGGCGCGGGAGCGGCAGGAGCCGGAGCGGGAGCGGCUGGAGCUGGAGGAGCGGCGCCCGGCGCGGGCUCGGCAGCGGGAGCGGGAGCGGCGGCUGCGGCGGCCGCGGCCGCUUCGAAUGACGCUAAAAGCGAAGCACCUUGUGCCACGCCACUCAUCUGCAGCUUUGGAAGGCCAGUUGAUCUUGACAAGGAUGAUUACCAGAAGGUGGUCUGCAACAAUGAGCAUUGCCCUUACAGCACCUGGAUGCAUCUUCAGUGUUUUUAUGAGUGGGAAAGCAGUAUCCUGGUCCAGUUUAACUGCAUUGGCCGAGCCCGGAGUUGGAAUGAAAAGCAGUGUCGCCAGAACAUGUGGACCAAGAAAGGCUAUGAUCUGGCCUUUCGUUUCUGCUCUUGCCGUUGUGGACAGGGUCAUUUGAAGAAGGAUACGGAUUGGUACCAGGUGAAGCGCAUGCAAGAUGAAAAAAAGAAGAAGUCGAUGUCAGAGAAGAGCACAGGGAGGCCCAUGACAGAAACUGGGGAAGAGAUAAAAAAGUGCAGGCCUCUUAACAAGGCCCAGAAAGGACUGAGUCAUGACCUCCCACGGCGACAUUCUAUGGAUAGACAGAACUCCCAGGAGAAAGGGGUCAAUGCAGGGGGCUAUGGAGUACGUUCCCCCUGUGGCUCUCCUGGCCAGUCUCCUCCUACAGGGUACUCCAUUCUCUCUCCAGCACAUUUCAGUGGACCCCGCUCCUCAAGAUACCUCGGGGAAUUUUUGAAAAAUGCCAUUCACUUGGAGCCUCACAAAAAGAAUAUGACUGGAGGGAGCAUGUUCCGAAAUGCUCACUUUGACUAUGGAGCAACUGGCUUGCCAGCACACAGGGGUGGACAUUUUGAUGCUCCAGUGCAAUUUCUGAGGAGGCUUGAUCUCUCAGAGCUCCUGGCUCAUAUUCCCAGGCACAAGUUGAACACUUUCCAUGUAAGGAUGGAAGAUGAUGCUCAAGUAGGCCAAGGGGAGGAUCUACGGAAAUUCAUUCUUGCCGCCCUCAGUGCCAGCCACAGAAAUGUUGUAAACUGUGCCCUUUGCCACCGGGCCCUCCCAGUAUUUGAACAGUUCCCCCUAGUGGAUGGAACCUUGUUCUUAAGCCCAUCAAGACAUGAUGAAAUUGAAUAUGAUGUUCCCUGUCACCUUCAAGGGAGGCUUAUGCAUCUGUAUGCUGUAUGUGUAGACUGCUUAGAAGGGGUUCAUAAAAUAAUCUGCAUCAAGUGUAAAUCUCGAUGGGAUGGAAGCUGGCACCAGCUGGGCACCAUGUAUACCUAUGACAUUUUGGCAGCCUCUCCAUGUUGUCAGGCCCGACUGAACUGUAAACACUGUGGAAAGCCAGUCAUAGAUGUACGGAUUGGAAUGCAGUAUUUCUCAGAAUACAGUAAUGUCCAGCAGUGCCCACAUUGUGGGAACCUAGACUACCACUUCGUGAAGCCAUUUUCUUCUUUUAAAGUUCUGGAGGCUUAUUGACAAAAGCUUUGGUUUAGUAAUAACUAUUUUAUGGGUAUUACUACUUUAUUACAUAUCUUUUAUAGGAAACUUUGUUGACAUUGGUUUCUUUUCUAAUUUAAAGAAGAAUUUCUUUGUAUGUGGAUGUUACUACAACUGAGGGCUGACCCUGUACUCUCCUUUGACACCUAAGUAUUUAGCUAGUGGUUAGGGCCUGAACCCCAGUGAGUAACUUUAUGAAUUUGGGGAAGGGGGAUCACCAUCACUGAUUGUCUUUGAUAGAGCUUUAAGUUAAAAGAAGACAGGGAGGGUGGGAAGAUUUUAGGGAAGGGAUGGUGUGGGUAUAAACUGAUCACAUGGUAGAGUCCAGCAGUUUGAGGAGGUGGGAAGAAGCCCUUACUAAAAUGAUAGUUCCAGCUGAUCUAUUUUUAGAUUUUCCCAGGGGUUUGGGAAAACUGUGACAUGUGAAUGUAAAUCUAUGCCAGGAGGCAAAACAGUGUUUGAGUCUACAACCUGGCAUAAUGCUUUGCAGUGAACAUUGACACGGAAUUUACUUUCACUGACAGAUCAUUUGGAAGUGGCCCCGGUGUACUGUUUCCAUCAGUAUUGUAGUUUAGCAGUCAGGUCAAGUGAUUCUUACCAGAAUUAAAUUCCAAGUCAUGAUACAUCAGUUUGGAGCUGUUUAUGGUGCAAAUAAUUUUAGGCAAGGUUUUCUCAUUAUCCAGAAAGCAUAUUAAAUGGCUUAUACUGAUGCAUAGUGGUUCAGAAAGGCAGGACUGCAGAAGUUAGAAUUCUGCCUUCAAAGUGGUUUAAAAUGGCUUUAAAAGUUGAAAAAUUCACCAUUAGUCUGAUCUUGACAAAUAUAAGUUUAUACCAGUUGCAAGGUAGUAGUAGCAUCUGGUGUUUUGCAGGUGAACUUCACAGCCAUGAUCCUUAAAAAUGCUGGUGAGCUUCAUAAGAAGUCAGUGCCAUACUUUCCAAAGAAUCACUUAUGGCCACGUCUUGCCUAGUUAAUACUGAGCCUUCUAAAAUCGCAUAUUUGACUAGAGUCGGGGUGGGAGAGGGUAUAUUUAAAGAAUGUUCAAGAAAAAAAGGGCUAAUAUUUCUAUAUGGGAUUUAUCCUUUUCACAUGGGGAAGUUAUUGCUUUUAAUAAGAGGUAUAUACUAAAAUGUUAUUCUUUUAAGGAUUUUUGCAAUACCUCGUUGGCUUUACUAGAGAAAUAUCAAGCAUUUAGAAAGUUGGCUUUUUUGUCUUUCUAAGAUGCAGACUUCCAUUCAAGAUUUCUAAUUAAAUUAUAAAAAGCCUUAGACUCCCUGUUAGUGACUUUAGAAGGAACCACAGCUCCCUCCCUCUCUUUCAAAAACUAUAAAUUUUGACUUAGAAUGUGCUUUAAAAAAUUUUGCUAAUUUCAAGUAUGACCUUAGUAACUUGGCCAUUUCAAGUGUGUUGAGGUAAAUAUUUUCCAAAGAACACCAGAAACAUUGUCACAUACUUGAAUGGAAACUAGAGUCAGGGUUUAUUUGAACAUUUUAUAUUGCUUAACCAAUUUAUACCAGUUUUAUAUUCCCAGAGGAACCAAGUUUGGGUUUUCAUUUAACAUUGUUGAGGCUUUACUCCCAGUGAUUUGAAGGUGUACCAUAGACAAUGUUUGAUACUUUGUGGAAAGGCAGUAGCAUUGGAGGAUCAAAAGCAUUACCCAAUGCUGUUUAUCUCUCAGCUUCGUUUGAUUUCAAAUGUGCUUUGCUGUAGGCAGUUUGGUGGUCAGAAAAAUGUUUCACCAUGAAGAAAAUACUUGAAAUGUUUGUGAGAGGCCAAAGACUGCACUUAGUCUGCCAAUAUUUGAUUGAACCAAAAGAGGUUUAUGGGAAGCUGACUGUGAAUAUUUGUCUUUAAGACACAAAGCUAUAAUUAUGAACAGUUUUGAUGUUGAGUGCAUCAGGUGUCGAAAUCUAAAUUUUCAAAGAACUUCUCUGUCUUAAGAGUACCAUUUGGACAUUAUUUUAGAGGCCUAGAGAGUAAAGUUUCUGUAGCACAUUUCUUUUCCCAACAAAGUUUUACAUUGAAACCUGUUUAUAAUAUUCCUGUGGGACAUAUUAAAUAAAUUCUCCACAAAACCAUGUGUUUUCUUUUUUGUUUUCUUCAGGCCUUUGAAAAACAGUAUAGCAAGUUUUUAUUAUAAUUGGGUAAAAUCUCUUUUUUAGUUUUUUAUUUUAAAAAUGAAUUCAGUUCAAGCCAACAUUUAUUAAGCACUUAUGUGCAAGGCACUGUGAUGAAAUCAGGAUGCUAUGGAUUGUCUUUGUAGACAAAUUUAUAUAUUUAUUAUCUUUUUUAGCAAAAAGAUAAUACAUUCUACUGUUCUUGAAUCUUUAAAGAUAUUGUAGGCCUUCAGGUUGUCUGCUAUUGCAAAUACUGUUAUUUUGGAAUAUAAAAUAAAACUGGGAUACAGCAGCAUGUGGGUAAAUGUCUUGCCAACCAAUUAAACUUGUUUUUCUUAACUUUCUCACAAAGUAACUUGCUGAAUUAUUUCUUAUUGGCUAUUAUAUUGAUAAGAAUAAGAAAUAUAUCUACUAUAGUUGAUCCUUUAGUGAGUGAGAAUGAGAAAGUUAUGGAGGCAGGGUAUAGGGGGAAAGAAAAAGCAUUAAGGGACAUGAAUUACCUGAAAAAUGCAGUUUCUAUUUCUUAAGAGGAUAGAGAAGGAUGACAUUCUAUAGUGAAACAUUCUUUAAGUGCAACUAUUGCUUUCAAGAUGACUUUCUUUGUUUUCUUUGAUAUUUUCCCUUUGUUCUAGAUUUUGUACAGUUGCAUCAUGAGCAAAUAAAAUUCUGUGCAUUUGUAAGUCACAGUACAGUGAAAAGAUAGUUUUGAUGUCAGAUCUUUUUUUAUUUUUCAGCCCAACCUUUACAAAGCACUCUACUUGUCCUUACCUCCCUCUGAAGCAGAAGACACCAUGUACUUGUCUCUUGAGGUAGAAGUUGUAUUAUAUAGCCAAGUGGAAUACCAAUCUUUUUUUUUUAAGUACUUUUUCUCUUCCCCCAAAUUCCCUCUAUCUCUUCUCUCUCUUUCUCUCUCUCCCGCCUCCCAAUAUCACUCAGAUGUGACCAAAAAUUUUCCCUUAAUUUCCAGUACUAACAGUUAUAUUUAAAAGGAGGGCUAUUUUAGGUGGUGAUCUAAACUUUGGACAUAUUAAUUUUGGGAUAUCUGGAAUUGAUAUACUGAUAUGUAACUUGACAGACCACCUAAAAUAACUGACCUGCAGAAAUCAAUUCUUCAUUUAGUCCAAGAGCCUCAUUUCAAGUAUUAUCUGGAUUCUGCUCUGCUUAGAUCAGUGACUCACAGUUUACAUAUCUCUUUUAUAUAAUCAACUGGCUCCUUCAGUCAUUUUGAUUGGAAGUGAAAGGGUGGAGGGAGGGUGGGAUACAGGGAGGGGGAGGGGAGUGCUACUACUGUUCUGUGUAUGGAUACCUGCAGCAGGAUGUUGCCUAACCCAGUUGAUUUCCAUUUACUGCUGACUGUUAUUCUUGCCAGGCAAUGGAGAGAAGAUAUAGCGGAUGGGCACUAUUUAAACCAGCUCAGAAAUGUGUUCUUGUCAGUAAAGGUUUCUUGUCAAGAUGUCUUGGAUUGCACUUUCACAAAGGAAAGACAAUGUAUAUAGCAAAUGAAUGUUGAUGAAACUGAAAUGUUUGGUUAUGGUACUGUUGUGUGUGGUGUAAGAGGAUUUCUGUUUGUCAUCUGUCUAUUAAAAAUAAUAAAGUUGUAAAAAACCUCA